UCAGCAGCGUAUUACAAACAUGACGAUUAAACUCAUGGUUCUUGCCUUGUACUGUAAAGGUUCCUUGGCUGAGAUCACCAGAGAGCUCAGUGUCUUAGUGGGCAAUGAGGUAACGCUCAGCUGCAUGUUCGACACACCGCAUAAGCUAGUGGAGUGGAGUGCUCUUAGUAUUGAAUGGAACAUGGUGGACAAACACGCAAAGAAGAGCAUGGUGUACACGCUGGAAGAUGGAAGAGCUCAUGUGUACAAAGAAGGCUCUGUGGUGAAUGAAACGUGCCUGCGUCAGAGUGAUGCGUCGCUGCAGCUUCAUAAUGUCACUGUAGGAGAUGAAGGACUGUACACCUGCAGAGUCAUCAACCCUCUGAUCUACACAGAGUCCACUGCUCUGAAAGUGCUCGCUCUGCCUUCAGUGUUGCUCCCAGAAAAGGCAACAGUGAGAGAAGGACAGGAGAAAACCAUACAGUGUGAUGUAACAGGUUUCUACCCAGAGAAAGUGGCUGUGACGUGGCUGAUCCAAAAUGGCACCCAGACCAUCCAUGCAGGGUUGGGCCAACUGUCCCGUGUAUGCAAUGAGCUGGCUGUACACAAUCCAGAUGGCACCUACAGCAUUCGUAGUGGCAUCACGCUGCACUCCUCAGUUCUAAGGGGUGGAGAAAUACAUGUCAUCUGCCAAGUUGAGCACCAGACCUACAAUGGUCUGUACAACCGAUCUCUCCAUCAGAGCCGCUUCACAGUACAGCCACUGUGA